CCCAAUUUGGAAAAAGGGUUGGGGUGCAGUACUUGUGGCAAACGGGAUCCACAGGAGAGUCGGGAUAGAAAUUCGGGUCUUGAGAUGCUGCAGGUGUAUUGAUAUUGUUUCACUGUUGGGGGAUGUUUCGCAGCAUAGAGGGGCCUAGGACGGGAUACUCAGCCCUCUCAAGACUUGUUCCUGGGUGAAGAAACAGAGGGUUUACCUCUACCACCACUUUCUCUGGCUUCACAUGAUCGUGUGUCUUUGGAGAUGGAAUUCACUAUCAAACCCUGUUUGCUCAUAUUAUAUCCACGAAAAACACAAAACCCGGUUCCACGCGGUGCUUUAGUGGCUAAAAGUGAAAGAGCUGCCUUGGCAGAAUUCAGCUCUAUGAAUCACUUCGGAAAAUUGGUUCGACUGAAUGGCCUUAGGAGGAAAAACGUUUUAAUAGGAUCCAGGGGAGGUUCUGCUGUUUCAAUCUGCUCCUUAAACAGGUGGAGAUUGGACCUUCUCAAUUAUACAAACAGAUCUCCGAAAGUCUUCCAGCUCUCGGUUUAGUCUCCCCCAGCCUCAGACCCAGAGCUGGCCAUAAAGCUGGAGGCGCACCUGCGCGGCGCCGAGGCCCCCGAGAUCCCGGCGAGCGGCCUUGCUCUCCGUGACGCUUCGGGGUCGUCCUUAGGCAGUGGGAGCUUUCUCCCGACCUCCGACGCCAGCCAAGGCAAGCUCAUUGCUUUUGCAUAAAUUAAUAUUUCCCCAUUAACAAGUUCCCCCCUCCAAACGCGGCGCCCGCGUCCAUGCGCCACAUCCUAAUGAGGUAAUUAUCAUUUGCGCGUGUUCGGGGCUGGCGCCGGUUCCGUGGGUAAAUGGCAGUUUAUUAGCACGAUGCCCAGCUCGGCUGCGGAGGGCUAAGGGAUACUUCGGCUACUAGACUGACACCCAGGGGCCCUUUGGGGGCGCCGCGUCCGGGACCCUCCGCCCUCCCUGCGUCCCCCAAACCUGCAGGCCUCCAAAGUUGUGAAUCACGCACGGAACUCUGCCUAGGUUUGGGUUUGGGUCCCCCCCCCCCUUUCCUUCCACCGGCAAAACCAUCACGAUUCCUCCCCCUCCCCCUCCCGUCUCUUCCCUCUUUCCCUAUUCGCAAACCGCUCGCACUUUCCCGAGAGGAGCGCGGGCGCCAGUUGCCUCCUUUUAAAGUUUGAGGGGCGGUGGUGGCGGCGGCCGGCAGGCGCGGGGGAACACAGGGGCCGCUACGGGAGCCGCGCCGCCGCCCAUGUCAUUCCACUUCAAGUGACUUCAUGUGAUGUCAGCUGAAUGUAAAAGACAGUGAUCUCACGCGGAGGGGAAGAUGUUUGCCAUCAAAAUGUGACAGAAGAGACACGCUGCAUGGCUCGGAACGCAUCUCCUUGGUGGUGGGGGAAAGAGACUUAGAGGAGAGAGGCUGCGCCCUGGCCCAGCCUGGCUCGGCUCAGCUCCGCGCGCCAUGGCAAGCUCGGCUUCCCUGGAGACCAUGGUGCCCCCGGCCUGCCCGCGCGCCGGAGCGUCGCCGGCCACUUCCAAGACACUGGCCUUUUCCAUCGAGCGCAUCAUGGCCAAGACGUCGGAGCCCCGUGCGCCCUUUGAGCCCCGGCCUGGAGCGCUAGAGGCGGACGGCAGCCAGGGCAAGAAACUGCUCAACCUCUGCUCGCCACUGCCCUGUAUGAUCCCCCUCCAGCCCCUAGGCUACGAGGUGCCGUCAAAGACACUGCUCAGUUACUCGGAGCUCUGGAAAAGCAGCCUCCGGGCGGGCGGCGGCGGAGGCGGCGGCGGCGGUGGCGGCGGCGGCGGGGGGGCCCCAGUGUGCGGCGCCAGCGGCUUGUGCAAAACCAACUGUGGCGUGUGCUGCAAGGCCGAGCUGGGCCUGGCGCCGUCUGCGCUGCCCGCGGGCAGGGUCAUCAAGCCGCAGGUCAUCAACCAGGCUGUGGGGCUGCCGGCCAGCGGCUCGCUCUACUACUUCAACUACCUGGACUCGACCGCCUACCCGCCGUCUGAGCUCCUCAGCGGCCACCUCUUCCCGUCUGGCCUCCUCAAUGCGCAGGCCCCCGCCGCCCUGGCUGCUCACCCCAAGCUCUUUCUGCUGGAGAACGCCAAGCUGGCCGGCCUGGCUGCGGACAAGUUCCCCCAUCCGGCUCCCUAUCCCCAUAAGGAGCGCUUGCCGGCGCCGCUGGAGCAGGUACUGAAGGAAAACUCGGCCCUGACUGCCGAGCGCGGAGGCGUCAAGGGCCACAGCAAGCUGCCAGGAGGCUCCGCAGAUGGCAAGCCCAAAAACUUCACCUGCGAGGUGUGCGGCAAGGUGUUUAACGCUCACUAUAAUCUCACCCGCCACAUGCCGGUCCACACCGGAGCCAGACCGUUCGUGUGCAAAGUCUGCGGCAAAGGCUUUCGCCAGGCCAGCACGCUCUGCAGGCACAAAAUUAUCCACACCCAGGAAAAGCCACAUAAAUGCAACCAGUGCGGCAAAGCGUUCAACCGCAGCUCCACGCUCAACACGCAUAUCCGCAUCCACGCGGGCUACAAGCCCUUCGUCUGCGAAUUUUGCGGCAAAGGCUUUCACCAAAAAGGGAACUACAAGAACCACAAGCUGACCCACAGCGGCGAGAAGCAGUACAAAUGCACCAUCUGCAACAAGGCCUUCCACCAGGUCUACAACCUAACCUUCCAUAUGCACACCCACAACGACAAGAAGCCUUUCACGUGCGCCACUUGCGGCAAAGGGUUUUGCAGAAACUUUGACUUAAAGAAACAUGUGCGCAAACUCCACGACAGCGUGGGCCCUGCUGCCCCCUCCGCAAAGGACCUGACUAGGACAGUGCAGAGCUGAGAGCUACUGCCUUGCCCUUCCUUCCCUCCCCGUACCACCUGAAAACAGAUCACACAUAUAAACUUAUUUCUAAAAUUAAAAGAAAAAAAAAACUAUAGCAGAGAGGCUAAAAUCUAUUUAUCGAAACCAGCAUAUUUUUGGAAAGCUAAAUGUUUCCUCGAUGACUGGCAGCAAACUCGUGGCCCCCACCUUUGUAUAUUCAGGAAACUUAUUUAAAUCCAGUGCGCCGAAACGUAUUUAAUUCCAGGCCUCCGCUUCUCCUGGGGCAGCCAGUUUUAACCCCAGCCUGUCACCGUGAGCGCCCCAGAAGAGCGCGGCGCCCCUAGCCAUCUUUAUACAGCCAUGUAAAUCCUCCUGUACAAGCGAACACGGAAUAUAUACAUAUAUAACUCAAUAAACAGAAUCAUUAGUG